AUGGCGACCAAUGGUGACCCUGGUCGAGGACCGGGAAGUCUGGUUGAUGCGUCCGGUUACUCCUUCACGGACAAGGACACCAAGCCCGGCAAGAUCAAGGUGAAGAAGACAUCCAAGGCGUCAACGAAGAAAAAGGCAGAUGAACCAAAAGAUGGCCCUGUCGACACUUCUCCGACAUCAUCCCCUCUCCCUACCCUAGACGGCAAGAUCGUCUCCGUGUUCCCAACUGGCAAGCCACGCCAGGAAGAUCUGAUCGAAACGGUCAUUUGCAAACACUGCAAGCGCCCCACCCUCAAGCAGACAGCGGCCGAGCAUGUCCGUGGUUGUCUGAAGGCGAAGCAAGAAAAGGCGCGCAAGAAGAAGGAGGCACGCGACGCGGCAAAUCGCGCAAAGGCCGGCGACGACAAAGACGACGAUCCUCUCGACAAGGACAAUGAGGGUAACGCCAUGAUGGGCCAGAAAAGCUCCAAGAAGAGUGCCGUCAAGAGCACCGAUGACAGGAAGGGCAAGAAGCGCAAGGCCGAUGAGGACGACAAAGGCGAGCCCAAGAAAAAGAAGAAGAAGGAUGAGCCUAAGCCGAAGACCGCUAAACCCAAGGGCCCUGUGGAUGUCGAGAAACAAUGCGGUGUUACUCUGCCGAACGGCGCGCAGUGCGCUCGUUCCUUGACUUGCAAGAGUCAUUCCAUGGGUGCGAAGCGAUCAGUUCCUGGUCGUACACUGCCUUACGAUAUGCUGCUUCAGCAAUAUCAGAAGAAAAACCAGGCCCGCCAGCAGAAGGCCGCAAUCGAUGCCAAUGCCCCCCUACAGGAAGAUAUCGAGAACAACGGUCCUAUUGACUCGGACGAAGAGAGAGACUCUGUAAUGGCUGCUAUCGCUCGUUCUAACCCCCAGCCUUUGGUCCAACAUCCCCUGAUCACCACCAAAUCGAAAUACCGAUACGUCCGCAUCAAGGAGCAGAUGUCGCAUGCAAUGGGAGUACGCGGUGGCGGUGGGCUUUUCUCCGCCGACGACAGCCAGCCUCUAUUUGGUGGCCUUCUUUUCCAGUCUGUCGCUGCUGAUAUGAACUCCUCCUCGCCCGUGGUCCCCAAUGCGGAAUCCGAUGUCUCUGGUGCGCGCAAGACCCCAGUGACUGCUACAUAA